UAGAUAUGUAGGACGAGAACCCAGUGGUCAAACAUUUAACUACUUGCACUUGAAUAGCCAGGAUCAACCUCAUAAUCCAAUGUUGAAUUCUGGUGCUCUUCUUCUGUGUGCACUUCAAAAGCCUGAAUGGCCAUUGGCAGACAGAUAUGAAUAUGUUCAAGAUAAAUUUAAACAUAUUGCUGGUGGGGAAUUCAUUGGAUUUAGUAAUUCUACCUUUUUAUCUGACCGUGAAACUGCUGACAAAAACUAUGCAUUGGGAUACUACAUGAAUGCUCACAAGGCUUUUCCACCUAACACCAAUCUUAUGGACACUUUUGAACUGUAUUUUCAUACUUGCUCAACAGAAACUAACUGCGAUGCUGGUAGUGUUAUGGCAGCAACCUUGGCAAAUGGUGGAAUUUGUCCCCUGACUGGUCAAAAAAUAUUCAGCUCACAGACUGUACAGCAUACACUAUCCCUCAUGCUCUCUUGUGGAUUGUAUGAUUACUCAGGACAAUUUGCCUUUCAUGUAGGCUUACCAGCCAAGUCAGGUGUAAGUGGUGCAAUAUUGAUUGUUGUCCCUAAAGUUUGCGGUAUCAUGGUGUGGUCACCGCCACUGGAUGAUCUAGGUAACAGUGUCAGAGGAAUGCAGUUUUGUAAGGAACUUGUCAGCUUGUUCAAUUUCCACAACUAUGACUUGAAGGGUGCCUCAUCGGGUAGAAAACUGGAUCCAAGAAGAAGAAAGGCAGAAGUACAGGGAGAAAAAGUUGUUUAUCUUCUUUAUGCUGCAAGUUCUGGAGAUGUAACUGCCCUGAGAAGAUAUUAUCUGUCAGGCACAGACAUGACUAUGCAAAAUUAUGAUGGAAGGACAGCUUUACAUGUUGCUGCUGCUCAAGGCCAUCAUGAGGUCAUUAAGUUUCUUUUAGAGAGAUGCGAGGUUCCAGUUGAUCCAAAAGAUAGGUGGGGAUUUUCACCACUUGACGAGGCAGUGCGAUUUGGCCAUCAGGCCUGUGUGGACUUCAUUAAACACCAUCUUCAGUUACAAGGAAAAACUACUCAAUAAUGGGUAGAGUCUUGUGAUACACGAAGUUGACCAAAAGGAUCAAUUCUUAGGUUUAACAUAUGAGUUCACAAAUCCAUUUUAUUUGUAUUAUAGAGAGGAGCAAUGGGUCACUUAAGUUAUUUUAUUUAUCAUUCUAAGUUUUAAAUAUUAAAUAAUGCCAGGCUAAAGGUUCUAGUGUGAACAACUAGGCAAGUUCAUUGACACAAGUUUGUUGCAAAAAGCACGGAUGGUAUUUGUGUAAUGCCAAUUUUAUUUUCAAGAAAUUUGUUUGAAACUACUAAAUACCAAAAUUUUAAUUUUAACCAGUCUUUUACCUAAAUGGGACUGAUUUUUUUUUUUUAUUGGAUAUGGGUCUAACUAUUAUUACAAACUUAUUAUAAAUGACAAAUUUAAAACACAAUGAAAUCAAACUGUAAUAUUAACAAUUAAAAUUAUUAUCAAGAAUAACAUUAACAUAUAUCAGAAUUGUUUUAGAAAGCAUUCUCUCAACUAAAUCAUAUUUUACUCAUGAGCCAAUACAUACACUGUAGCUGAUGGUCUGUUGUUUGUUACUGAACUGAGUUAUGAAGACAGUAUGUGGAUUAUGAUUGGUCAAUUUAGCAGGCCGUAUUUCACAGUACCACCUGUAAUUUUAAAAGUCUGAACCCAGAUAUUUGAUAAAUAUCUCACUAACCCUGUUUCCUUGGUUUGUACUCUAAGUACAGAACCUCUUUUUUCUGCUUGGAUUUAUGGUCUGCAUGCUUCAUGAUUGUUGAUAUUAUCUUCAUGGGACUCGCACAAACGAGAGCUAUUGUCUGAUUAUAAUAUUGGCAACCAUUUAAAAUCAUAAGAGCCAAAAUGGCACCUUCUGAGAAAUUCAAGCAUUAAUUAAGGUUGCUUUCACUUUUUUACAGUUUUUAUUCAUUUCAGUUCUUGUUUUCCAAGAAGACUUUUCACCAAACUAAAUACUGUCAUCAUUUUAAUGGCAACUUGUCUUGGAAAAUUUCCUUAACUCCUUACAGUGACUAACAUUUAAUUUUUCCUUUCAUUAUCAUCGUAGAAUCAAACAUUGAGAUCAUGAGAAUAAGAAAUGAUUUUCUGAGUGAGGAACUUUUUGAUUGUUAAACAAAUUCUUCUUGUCAGUACCUUAGGAAAUGUAUGGAAAACAGUAUGGAGAAUAUGCAUACUGAUGUUUGGGUGUGAAGGGCUAACGCCUACUGACAUGAAAGUUGAACGCGUAAUCCACUUAUCAACAAAAACUCCGGUGAUAAGUGCGGCCAUCAAACUUUCAAGGCAGUUGAACGCGUAAUGCUCUAUUGAUUAGCUCAGCUAUACGUUACCCACGCUCGCGAUACUCAUUUUUUAACAUCGGUAAUCAAAAUGUGCCAUCUGUCUCAAAUGCAAAAUAUGUUUUGAUUCAUUUUUGUUUUUCAAAUUAGUAUUUAAAAUAUCAGCCACUGAGCUUUGUCUCACACCUCGUAUAAUUUGAAAAGUUAAGCCUAAUUUUUUAAAGCUAUCAUUUCCUUAAAAAAAACAAAACAAAAAAAAAAACAAAAAACAAAAGAACUGUUUUGCCGCAUCUGCGGAGGAGUGAACACUCAGAUUAUGAGGUGGUGGUUUUUAGGAUUAGACGAACCUUUGCGUUGAAUAUAGACAAGAUAAUGUUUC